AGAGGACUCAAACACUCACACACGCUCACGCACGCACUGACACACACUCUCCAUACGCGGGCUCGCACGCAACACACACUUGGAGGCAAGAAGACGCACCGAAGACGCACGAAGGUCAGAGGCUCCUCACUGAUUCUCUCUCUUUUCUCUCAACGGCAGGAGAAAGAAAAAGUUUCCCGAAGGAGAGAAAGAAAGAAAGAACGAGUGACGCUCGGCGCGAGCAAGAGAAGACGAGAGAAACCUCUUUGGCUUCAUACCUUCUGCGUCUUGGACACUAUUUUUCCGUUUUUACGCACCAGUCGCUCGCUGUGGGAAUCUCCUCAAACUGACUCCCAGGGUUUGUGGUGCUACACAGUGAGGAAGAGGAAGAGGAACCGGACCAGGGCGAGCCGAAGGGGGUCAACUACUCACCAGGUAGGUAUGGCGGCGGUGUUGCCGAGGACCCUGGGUGAGCUGCAGCUCUACAGGAUCCUGCAGCGAGCGAACCUGCUCUACUACUACGAGGCCUUCAUCCAGCAGGGCGGCGACGACGUGCAGCAGCUGUGCGAGGCCGGCGAGGAGGAGUUCCUGGAGAUCAUGGCCCUCGUGGGCAUGGCCAGCAAGCCGCUGCACGUGCGCCGCCUGCAGAAGGCGCUGCGCGACUGGGUCACCAACCCGGCCAUCUUCAACCAGCCGCUCAGCUCGCUGCCCGUCUGCAGCAUCCCCGUGUACAAGCUGCCCGAGGGCUCGCCCACGCUGCUCAGCGCUCAGGACCGGGCCAACACCGCCAGCGUCAAGAUCCCCAAAGCCGUGGCAGCCGCCUGCUCAGAUCCCGGGAAGCUGGAGGUGGCGCGGGACAAAGUGUCGGCCGGCUCGCCCCUGCAGGGCGGCAGCGAGGCCCGGUUCUGGUCGGGCCACAGCAACGACAGCGAGCACAGCCUGUCGCCAUCGGACCUGGGCUCGCCCUCCUCGCCCAGAGACGCCCUGGAGGCCCUGGACGCUGCCGCCGUCCAGUCGGUGCUGGAGUGUGUGGACAGGAUGGCCCCUGGACUCCCUAAAGCAGACCUGGCCGAGGUCAAAGAUCAACUGAAGAACAACAAGAAGUUAGCGAAGAUGAUCGGACACAUCUUCGAGAUGAGCGACGAGGAGCCGCGGAGGGAGGAGGAGAUCCGUAAGUACAGCGCCAUCUACGGGCGCUUCGACUCGAAGAGGAGGGACGGCAAACACCUGACGCUGCACGAGCUGACGGUGAACGAGGCGGCGGCUCAGCUCUGCAUGCGGGACAUGGCUCUGCUGACACGUCGAGACGAGUUGUUUGGACUCGCCCGGCAGAUUUCCAGAGAGGUCACGUACAAAUACACCUACCGCACCAGCAAGUCUCGAUGUGGAGACAGAGACGAGCCGUCCCCCAAAAGGAUCAAAACAGAGGAGAACUUCUUCGACAUCCAGGAGGCGCUGCAGGCCAUCCACAUGCGGCAGGAGAUGCUGAGGGAGCAGCUGGCCUGCGCCAAGUUGAAAGGAGAGGAGACCGUCGGGAGGAAUCUGCAGAUCCAGCUGGAGCGUCUGCUGGCGCGGCAGAUGGAGAUCCUGCAGGACGCCGCCGUCCAGGAGCGACUCCAGGCUCUGGACUGGAGGAUCCCCCCCGCCGCUCUGAAGUACCUCAAUGACGUGCAGCACACUAACGGAGCGGCGGCCGACGCCAGCAGGGACCACCAAGACGAACGUCCAAUCAACUUGCGGGUGGUGAGUCAAAGCAUGCAGGAAGGUGACCUCCCAUUGGGGAAGCAGCUAGCCAAUGAACUGAAGCGUCAUCACAACCACAACCACAACAACAACAACAACAACACAGAGGAGACCAAAACACCAGCAACGGAAAACGGGACGUCGCAGCGGGCGCCCAGCAACGCAGAGAAGAAGACCAUCAAGUCAGAGCCCGAAGACUCCACAUAGUGCCUCGCCCACCCUCCCACUAUACCCACUACCCAACCUGUACCCACUCCCAGUUCAUUCUACUCACACUUGACCGUAUGCAGUUACUACCCGUCAACAGAUACUAAGCAAGCACAGCCACAGUAGAGCCUUAACAACCAAUGUUGCCUCAUGAAUAGCAUUUAUUUUUCUUUGAUUUCGUCUUUUCGUUGUUUUAUUUUGAAAAGGUAUUUGCCAAAGCCCCUGAGAGCCGGUUGGAGGAGCCCUCCAGCGCUCGGCAGGUCUUUGUGUGUAACUGUACAUGUUCGAUUCCCAUGUCCUGAGUGGUUCGUCCUCUUUACCUCUGCCUGGGUGAGUUCUCUGUUGCUUUCUGUGGACGCCGGGUCGCAGGCUGUGACGUUGAGUCUUUACUCGGGCGCAGAUUCAGACACGAGACAAAAGGCAGGAGUGUUGCUGCAGGACACCAGUGAGGUGAGCUCAGCCCAGUUCCACCAGUUUAUUACACGACCACAGAGGCUGAAGCUGCGGAUGGUAAACCGGACACUUGGAAUUCAAAAGUGUUUUAAGAGUCUAGUGUUUCCUCGUUAGAUAUUUUGCAAAACCAGCUUCGUUUCAAAUUGAAAUAUGAGAACAAGUUUUAGAUUUGAUUGAUUGAUUCCAUGGUUCUCAGAGGAUGAAUCCUGAACCUGAAGGUGCCCCCCCCCCACCCCCCCCCUGGCUUCAAUCCAACCUGUAGCUCAGUGUUAAGUAGAGAAUUAUAUUCAUGGUUCCAGGGUUUUGAGUCAAAUAUCUUUACAAGCAUCCACAAAGUCGGGAAAAGACUCUCUCAGGAUUAACUGCACAAAUUCAAAAUGUCUCCAUCAGGACGUCGAAACAUUUGUCUCCUGAAAACGUCUCCCGUCAGUCUCACCUGUCUUUUGUCUUCGGUGCUGAGACUUAGAAGUCUGUCGGAAACAGGGUGGAACUCAGCUACUUGUGUUCUGACACGACCGACUAUACGUGUGACUAAUAACUGAAUAUUUAUUGUAAAAAAAUUUAAAAAAAGCAGACACCACAUGAUAGUAGUGGUCAUGCAAUGUGUCCUAACUGUGAGAUUCCUAUUGGCUGUGGUCCUAUUUAAAUAUGAGAAGAUAAAACUUGUUUUCCUGGCCACACGUCCUCUGAGCCUCCGUCUCUCUCCCACCUCCCCGAGCUAAAGUCUGAACUGUCGGGAGACUGAGUCAGGAUUCAGCCCCUUCACCCCCCCACCCCGCCCCCCCCACCUGGUUUGUGUUAUGUAUAUUUAUGGGGGGAGUCAUUUCAGAGGAGGAUGUACAGGAGCUGUUGUGGAAGAACAGCUGAGGCCGAGCGAAUCGGUUCAUUUCACUUUGUAAUUUUUGCGGAACCCUGCUGUUGAACCAAAACCGUGCAUGGACGAGGACAGGGAGAACUUCAGGAAGAAGAGAUCCAGUGAAAUCCUCUCAAUAUGAAAACUUUCAACUCAUCACAAUAAAAUACUAAAGAUUGCAGGUUUUCAACAACAGCAGCAGCAAAGAGUAAAAACCCCCUGUGUGUUGCGUGUAGUGUAAAUAGUACCAUGAUAACGAGUAGUGUUACCUGAUCUCUCCACCGGGGGUUUCCUUCGUCCAGUGUAACUUUGCUGUAGAUUUUUCUCGGUGUCAAUACGGUGUUAAUGUACGUGGAGCAAAAUCAAAAAAAAAGAAAUCCUAAGUGUCAUUGAGGAAAAAGUUUCUGGUAUAUAUAUAUAAAAAAAAGAUGCUUUACAUGAUGGUAAUGUUGAUUAGCCUUAGCUCUUAACAGUUUUUAAUCCAUCAGUGCAGAUUUCAAAGAUGUGUUGUUGCUGUUUAGAGGUAGAUACAUAACAAGUAAGUGUUUUUCACUGUGUUUCUGUGUGUGUGUGUAAAUAUGUCUAUAAUGUCCCAGACGAGGAUUUAGUCUCCCUGCAGAUAGUUUAGUCUCACUCAGCGUAAUGACACACAAAUGCAAUAUUUAUGUCAGUAAUAAGUCGGUUUUGCAUAUUGUAUGGAUCCAUUGUUCUGUGCUCAGUAACUGUACGUCUGUCAUCCGGGUGGAGUUCACCUGCAACACGGGAACUGUGUGUGUGUGUGUGUGUGUGUGUCGUCUGACUGUUAGUGCACGAGAGCACUGUGCUUGUGUUUGAAGACGUUGUGCUCGUUUCACAAAAAACUCCAUGAGCUGGUUUCGUUUCAAGCAGCAGCAGCGACGACACGAGCCUGACGAGGAUCUGAGGCUGUGAUCAGCUGCAGGAAAAAGAAAAAGAACCUGUGGCUGAAAGGACAAGUGGAUUCUGGGAGAUGGAGCCACUGGGGUUUUUGGAGUAAAGGGAAUCGAACACUGGCCGUUGUUGUGUCGUACGAUGCUCAGCACGUGUCUGACCUGCGUCUCACUGAUCACCCUCCUCCUCACUGUUUAUUGUAAAGUGAUAGAUUAGGCUUCACCUAGUUAUGCACCUGUUUUUUAAACACUAAUAUAUUUUAUUUGUUAUACAGCACAUGAACAUUAAACUUUAUUUUUUUGAA